CGCACCUCUCUCUCGGAGUCGGAACCCUCCCUCUCCUCUGAACCCUCGAAAAAAAAAACCCUCGUUCCCGUCGCCGCCGUGCCGUCUCCCGUGUGGUCGGGAGCAACAUGGAAGCUCUCCUCGCGGCGGCGGGCGCCGGCGACCUCGAAUCUCUGGAAAAUGCCAUUGCGGGGCUCGACAACGAGGCGAAACGCGCGGCCGCCGCUGCGCGGGACUCCGAAAGGCGUACGGCGCUCCAUUUCGCCGCCGCCGAGGGCCACACGGGGGUGUGCGCCUAUUUGGUCCAGACGCUUGGGGUUGACGUCAACCCUAGGGACCUCCAUGGUGAAACUCCGCUCUACAUAUCUAUCAAAAAUGGUCAUGUUGGAACAGCCAAUUUGUUGCUUACCAAUGGAGCAGACCCGCGUAUUAAAUCUCUGCUUGGAAUCACAACCCUUCACCAGGCCGCAAUUAGGGGAGAUCUAGAACUUGUGAUGAUUCUGCUCGAGAAUGGUGUAAAACUUAAUUCUCACUCUUAUACGAUGGGAACACCACUUGCCUGCGCUGUUAAAUCUGGUUCAUUUCCUUGCUUCGAUGCUUUAGUUAAGGUAGGUGCAGCCCCAGAGACUAUGAAAUACCCACUACAUGAUGCGGCAGAAUGUGGCAGUACUGAAAUAGUCAACUAUUUUCUUGAAGCUGGGUAUGAUCCAAAUAGCUGUAACGAAGCUGGUUUGAAACCAAUACAAAUCGCUGCAUCCAAGAAUAAUCUCGCAGUUGUGGAAGUCCUCUUUCCACUUACCACGCAAGUCUCAGAUUUUCCUAACUGGACUGUUCCUUGUAUAAUGGAGUAUGCAAUGCGCAAAAAUGAGGAAAUGGCGACAGAUCAAGCACAUAUAGAAGAAGCUGAUCCAUGGAGAUCCCAGUUUGUUAAGAGGGCUGCAAAGGAACUGUCAGAUAAGGAAAUUGAACAGGAACUUGGAAGACUGUUAGUGAAAAACGAGAAUGAAUUCUUCAAGGAGUGGUCACCAAUGAAAAGGAGGUUGUUCUAUGAGUCAACCUUGGUUAGACCCACCAGUGUCAAGCAAAUAUCUGACCAUGACGGUGCAAAAAUAAAGAACAGCGUCAUUUUUGAUUUGACAUACGACAACAGGGCCCAAAGCAGCUAUCUGAGAGCGAUCAGCCAUUAUCGAGCUUGGCAUUUUUCUGGUUCAGAUCUAAUAUAUGAAGUUGGUCCUGAACGGAAGAAAUUCUGCGUAUCAAGAAAGGACCAAACCUUCGUGUUCUGGUUUCGGUACUUUGAGCAAGAUGUAGGACUUGUGAUUGACGGACAGAGUGUGUGGGUAGAGGGUAUUCUAAGGAGAAGUCGUGCUGAAGAUGGCAAAUAUUCAUAUCGCCCAUCUAUCCAGUUCAAUGAUGCUCGCAAAGAGGGAAGCAGCAGCCACAAUCAACAGGCGCCACUUUCAGAUAAAAAUGCAACUCCAUACAUUGUUGAUACUGGCUUGAUACUGGCUGAUUAUGGAGGCACCUACGCAGGUGCUGUCUCCAAAAUGAAGGUAUCACUUCGCACGACUCGCACUGCAGUUGUUGCAGUUGCUGGUCAUGACAAAAAAGAGUCAUUACAUAAGAAUUGUCAUGUUGCGUGCGACAACCUUGUGUUGUUCGCAACAGAGGCUGGAAAAAAUCUUUGGGUAUUUCAAUAUACCAUGCAUUCCCUUGAUCCUAAGCUGCAAAUGCCGAUUUCUGUUCCUUCAAGCUUAGAUGGCACUGUCACCAAUCACGAGCAGGUAUCUAGAAGUGUCUUGUCAACGCUUGGAAAAGUAACAGGGAAAAAGAUAAAUGAUCUUGAUAGAGGUGGAUACAAUAUUGUCAAAGGUGCUGUAUUCAGGACAUUGUGGCAAUGCAUCAAUGCAUAUGUGAUCUUGCGUAGAAAAACUGUUUUCAAGACAAAGUUCUUUCUGAAGAGCAAGGACUCAGAGUACAGGACUCAAGUGAGAAACAAGCCACAGGGGCAACGCAAUGAAACUACUGAAGAAUUCAAAGAAAGGUUGCGUGAAGAGAGUUUGAGAACAGGAACUCUCUUUGAUGCUAAAUCCCAUGCUGGUGUCAACUGCUACAAAGAUCCACGUUGUUCUAUGCCGCCAAUACCAUCAAGGAAGAUGUGGUAUCAUUCAGAUGAGCUGUUUUACCAUUCUGAGGAAUAAGUGAAGCUUAGAUGACGGAUCUCAACUACAAGAGCAGGAGUUGGUUUGUAGGGAGUAUAAGAUCAGUCUGAGGUCAGCUUACGUUGAGAGAAGAAAUGCCAUGCCAAUCAUCAGCCAGUGUGCGUGCGCUUCAGUGAAAUGAAAGAAAGACAUUGUAAAUUACUAAAUUGAACUGAUACAAGCGGUACUUCCUCCUAGUAGUAUACUCCCUCUGUACCACAAUACUUGUCGCAGGGGGAACUUGUACUGGUUUUCUCCCAACGACAAGUAUUUCGGUACAGAGGGAGUAGUAUAUGUAGUAGUAGUGAAACAUAACCAACUAUAGGAAGUAGGAAGUGCGUGGCGCUCGAAAGGAAAGCAUGUUUCAUCAGACAAAUCUGCUCGGUCAUAUUAAGUGGAGUGGAGUACCAUCAGUAGCACAGUAGCAAUCAUCAUAGGUAUGAUAACUAAGUGCGCUCUUAUGUCUGUGCUGAUGAGUGGCAACUUUGUUAAGUUUGUGUGGCUGGGUGUUGCCGACUUGCCGUUGCUGCAGCUGCAGCUAUCCUUUAGUUUUCUGAACCUAAGUGGAGAUGCUGCAUUCCAGUGUC